UAUUUUCAAUGCAUCUUCCUUGUAUGAGCCUUAUGCUAUUUCAUUUGCUUGCUCUUGUAUACUCGUGCCAGGCUUCCAGAUUCAACGAUGAGACGGACAAACAAGCCCUGGUCGAAUUCCAGACCCAUUUAACCGAGAACAGCCGGCUUGUCUUAGCUUCGUGGAACAAGUCUUUUCAUCUCUGCAACUGGACUGGAAUUAUAUGUGGUCGUAGGCACAAGAGGGUCACUGGUUUAGACCUCAGCGGGAUGAAGCUAACUGGCGUUAUCUCGCCCUCCAUCGGUAACCUCUCUUUCCUCACAUCUCUUAUUCUUGCAGACAACUCUUUCCAUGGUAGCAUCCCUCUUGAGGUAGGGAAGUUGUUCAGGCUUCAACACUUGAACCUAAGCAACAACGUUCUUGGAGGUGGGAUUUCACUUGGCAUACCAAACUGUUCUGCCCUUUUGACCAAUGAUCUAUCCUCCAACAAUCUUGAACACGACGUUCCUUCUGAACUAGGCUCACUUUCUUCGGUUGUCAUCCUGUCUCUCCGUGGAAACAAUCUGACAGGGAGGUUCCCUGCUUCUCUUGGGAACUUAACAUCACUCCGGAAGCUUGAUAUAGAGUACAACCGUAUGGAAGGAAUGAUUCCUUACAGCAUGUCUAGACUUGCACGGAUGAAGUAUCUCCGAAUAGCUGGAAACAGCUUUUCGGGGAUUUUUCCGCGUCCUAUUUGCAACCUGUCCUCUCUUUUGUUUCUAUCCAUCCCCGACAACCGUUUCUAUGGUAAACUAAGGCCUGACAUUGACCAGCUUUUUCCAGACAUUCAAGUGCUGUUCUUGGGAGGAAACAAAUUCGAAGGGGAGAUUCCAUCUUCACUGGCCAAUAUUACAUCUCUCAGAAAAUUUGAUAUUGAAGAAUGCCACAUGACGGGAAGCAUCCCUUUAAGUUUUGGGAGAUUACAUAAUCUCGAAGUACUUGCGCUUGCUUAUAAUUCUCUGGGAAGUUACUCCUCUAGAGAUCUUGAUUUCAUUGGCAGUUUGAAUAACUGCACUCAACUUCAGUUUCUUGGUGUUGGCUACAACAAACUUGGGGGCAACUUGCCUCCUCUCAUAUCCAAUCUAUCCAGUCUAUUGACGUAUCUCUUCCUUGGAGGAAAUGCCAUCUCUGGGAGCAUUCCUCUUGACAUCGGAAAUCUUGAGAGCCUCCAAUCAUUCAAGGUUGAACAGAACCUCUUGACAGGUGAAAUUCCGGCCUCCAUCGGGAAGCUUUCUAGAGUAGAGAGGCUCUACUUACAGUUUAAUAUGAUGUCAGGAGACAUACCAUCUUCCUUUGGGAACCUCAGUAUGGUAACGCAAAUUUAUUUGUAUAACAAUGAUUUCAAAGGAAGCAUCCCUUCCAGUCUUGGAAACUGCACUUACCUUCUUUACCUUGGGCUUGAUUUCAACAUGCUGUGUGGCUCCAUACCUGGAGAGCUCAUGAACGUCCCAUCUCUUGUUACCUUGGAUAUUUCACAUAACAAUUUAACAGGACAGAUCCCCAAUGAAGUAGGAAAGUUGGUCAGUCUUGUUCGACUAGAUGUUUCACUCAACCAAUUAUCUGGACAUGUACCACAAACCCUGGGGAACUGUCUAUGCAUGGAAGAAAUUUUAUUGAACGGAAACUUUUUUGAAGGAACCAUCAUAGAUAUCAGAGCGUUGAGGAACCUACGACUCCUUGAUCUGUCCAACAACAAUCUUUCUGGCACCAUACCUGAGUAUCUGGUAAACCUCUCUGCUAUUCAGUUUCUAAAUCUCUCUGUGAAUAAUCUUGAUGGCCCAGUACCAACUGAAGGAAUUUUUCAAAAAUCAAGAAACGUCUCGGUCUUUGGAAACAAAAAUCUAUGUGGAGGGGUUGCUGAACUAAAGCUGAAACCAUGCUCAGAAACAAAAGCAAGAGAGCAUUCUUCAACGAGAAGGAAAAUCGCCAUUGGCGUUGGGGCAGCUGUUACUUUGUUUAUUCUUUCAGUAAUGGUUAUCAUCUCUCUCUCUUGGUUCAAGAAACGAAGCAGCAUGAAACAAAGGGUAAGCAGCAACACACGUCAUAUGGAUAAUUUAAGUAUUGCACCCUUACAUGAAAGGGUACGGUAUGGAGAACUUCAUAGUGCAACCGGUGGAUUUUCUUUGGGAAACAUGAUUGGGACAGGGAACUUUGGUGUUGUGUAUAAAGCAUUUCUCGGUCCUGAAAACAGAGCAGUUGCCAUCAAAGUGUUAAAUCUCAAGUUUCAUGGAGCUGCCAAGAGCUUUAUUGCAGAAUGUGAAGUCUUGAAGAGUGUGAGGCAUCGCAACCUUGUGAAGCUCCUAACAGCUUGCUCGAGCAUUGAUUUCAAAGGUGAUGAAUUCAGAGCACUGGUGUAUAAGUUCAUGCCAAAUGGAAGCCUGGAUAUGUGGCUGCACGGAGAAGAGCAGCUAGAAGGGACCAACAAUACCUCAAGGCCUUUGAGCAUUCUUGAGAGGUUUAACAUUGCCAUAGACGUGGCUUCUGCCGUGGAGUAUCUUCAUGUUAACUAUCAUGACCCUAUAGUUCAUUGUGAUCUUAAGCCAGGAAACGUCCUUCUAGACGAUGAUCUAACAGCCCAUGUUAGUGACUUUGGUCUAGCUCGGCUGCUCCUCAAAUUCGACCAAGAAUCCUCCCUUAGCUCGUCCAGCAUCAGAGGAACGAUCGGCUAUGCCGCACCAGAAUAUGCAAUGGGAGGACAACCAUCAAUACAUGGUGAUGUGUACAGCUUUGGAGUUCUUCUUCUGGAAAUGUUCACUGGAAAAAGACCAUCUAAUGAGUUAUUUGGGGGAAACUUUACCCUCCAGAUCUACACCAAGUUGGCAUUACCGGAAAAUGUAUUAGACAUUGCGGACAAAUCGUUACUUAGCGGUCUCAGAGUAGGAUUCCCUCUUGAAGUGUGCUUGAAACUGGUUUUGGAGUUGGGACUUAGGUGCUGUGAACAAUUUCCUAUGAAUCCGUUGACCGUGCGUGAAGUUGUAAAGCAGCUAUACACAAUCAAAGGGAGGUUCUUCAAAGCCAGAAGGAUAGUCAGGCGUUGAUGACAUGAUGUGUUUGUGGCUUCCUCACUAUAUA